GUACUGGAGUCGAGGCUCUUUGCGGCUGUGGACCUCGAGCCAUCCUUCAGUCAUCCGGAGCAGCUCUCCCUUCGGGCGGGCAUCUUCGAUGAAACUCCAAAGCGUCAACCCUGGGUCUAUGACCACGAGGUGCUUCUGGAGGGAGCGGCAGUGGAAGCUCUUCACCGCAAUGCCAAAUCGUACGGGAUUCCGUUCGACGUGGUGCUGCUCUCCAUGGUGCUGGCUGCCAGCUUCAAAGCAACAUGGGCUCAGGAGAAACUGAGAUCUUUCUACAAAGGCGUGAAGCCGGAGGACUUUGAAGCUUCCAAGACAGAGCUUUCCCUUCCUUUGACGCUGUAUGCCCCUAUGCGAGAUGGAAACAUGAACGAUGCCAUGGUGGGACUCUUCAGUGAUUGGAGGGAUUUGACUGUUGCGUGCAGCUCACUGGUCAGCCUGUUGGGAUUCUGUUUGGAGGUUGCAGAUCUCAUACGCUUCCGGAGGUGGAAGAUGUUUGAUCCGGUUCACAACUCGAACAACAUUUUGGUGAACAUCCUUCCCCUAGAUGAGCAGGCACGAGGCGGGCAGCAUUUCCAACAGACACGGGCCCAUGAGUAUGGUGGUCUGCGACGUUCACAACCUGAUCGGCGCAGGGCGUACAAGGCUGCACACCGGCCAAUGCGGAUAACGUUGGAGCAAGAGGCUCCAGAUGCAUGGUGGAUCAACCUGAACAUUAAUGAGAGUAAUUUCUCAACUGCCUGGUGCCGAUCCUUCGUGAAGAACUUGGAGCAGUGCUUGCAGGACUUGCAGUAUCAGCCGUUGAGCCCGAUGUUGCAAUCAGGUGGACUUCCUGUGUGA